UCGGCGUGCGAAGCUGAGCAUCGAGGGUUCUUUAUUCUAUGAUAGAGGGGGAAGUAGGCGCCUUUUAUCGCUAGACGCCAUACGCCACAUCAUGGAAAGAAGGCAGCAGCUUUUGCUGCUAAAAAAGAAGCUCCUGCUUCUCAUUAUUUUGAGGAAGCAAGAGCGACGACGCCGGCGCUGGUGGGUGCGACCCGUGUUCAUGCACCGAAAGGAAGAAGGGCUUUAUUACACGGCGAUGCGUCGGAUGAGAGAGGGGGACCAUGAUUUUUUUUUUAAGUUCUAUAGAAUGAGCCCAGAAAUGUUCGACACAUUACUUUCAUUUGUGGUCGAGGACCUCAAACGCAAGUAUGUUGUGAGGGAGCCCCUUGAACCCGGUGAACGGCUUGCAAUAACCUUAAGCUACCUUGCAUCUGGCCAGGAAAUUAAGGACGUGGCACUGGCUUAUAGAGUGGGCAUAGAGACGGCUAGGCUAUGCAUUCAUUUAUGCUGUCGAAGCAUUUGGGCGCGACUAAAAGAUCACUUCAUGAAGGUGCCCUCUGAGACAGACUGGACAGAAAUUGCCCAAGGCUUUGCCUCCCAGUGGCAGUUUCCCAACUGUUUGGGAGCUGUGGAUGGAAAGCAUGUCGCCAUCACUGCACCUCCAAAUUCCGGCAGCCUAUAUUUCAACUACAAGGGCACCUUUUCCAUUGUGCUGAUGGCUGCCGUCGACAGCAAUUAUCAGUACACCAUAAUUGACGUUGGUGCUCAAGGUCGGCAGAGUGAUGGAGGAAUAUUGAAAAGCUCGGAAUUCGGGAAGGCACUGGCCAGUGGGACUCUCGGUACACCUUCUGCAAGCUGCCUUCCUGGUACAAGAACUGUUGCACCCUAUGCCUUUGUUGGGGAUGAGGCAUUUCAAUUACGCAAGGAUUUCAUGAGACCCUUCCCGGCAAAGCAGCUCACUGAUGAAAGGAGGGUCUUCAAUUACAGGCUGAGCAGAGCAAGAUAAAGCAUGGGAAAUACUUUCAGUAUUGUGGGUCACUGCGAUGAUGUUGAAGAAGCCUAUACUGCACGUGUAUGCACAGCAUGUGGUAUGUUUCUUUUUCUACGUCCUUCGUGUUUUUAGCACUCUGAGCUUUUAUUAAUUAUUCAAAAGUGCAGAAGUAUUAAUUUAUCUGAUAUUCUUGUUGCAUGGAUAGCAGAUUAUCUUUCUGGUGUCAUGCAGUUUGUUUCAAUUGAUGGUAACAACUCUAGCUAUCUCCCCGUUACAUCCGGUAUAUGGCCAUUGCUGUUUCUAUUGUACAUUAAUGAUAUUGUACACCUGAUCCAAAAAUUCGACUCUUUGCAGAUGCCUGCAUUUUUUGUGAAAUAUCUUUCAGUGCAUGAGCAAACUGAACUUGAUUUAAACCUACAAUAUAUAGUGUGAUGAAUGGGGCACGGCUUUGAACAAAGGCAGAACGGUCCGUCUUUGCAAAACACAUAAGAACUUGCUAAAAUAAGAGUACACACUGGCCUCUGUCCCGCUAAAGGAAGUUAAAAACUACAAAUACCUAGGUGUAACAUUCACUAAUACCCCUUCUUGGAAAUCACAUCUUAACAAUAUUUUCCCUUGUGUUUUCCGAAAAACUUGUUUUAAUGACACAAGCUCAGAAA